CAUAAACUACCGUCAUCCACAGGCAGUCGCUUAAGGCCAUUUCUUUGAACUGAACACUUGCGGAAACUGACGUGAAAGAAAAGCACAGAAAAUCUGGUUGUGUUUCUUAAAAGGCGUACCAAUUUGCAACCCACAGACUGGGUUAGGGAAGAACUCAGUCAUGGUGGUUUUAAGAAAUGGAGAUUAUGUUUGGGUGGAAUGCAGUGAUGGAGUCCCAAUCGGAGCUGAAGUCCGGCUCACAGAUAAUGGACAACUUCAGGUCAUUGAUGAUGAAGGAAAGGAGUACAAAAUUAAGAAUGACAGUCCUCUGAAGCCCAUGCACCCCACCUCGGUGAAGGGUGUGGAUGAUAUGAUUCGUCUGGGUGACCUCAAUGAGGCUGGGCUGUUACGGAACCUUCUAGUGCGCUACAAAGAGGGAGCUAUAUAUACAUUCACAGGGUCCAUUCUGGUGGCGGUGAAUCCUUACCAGUUGCUGCCUAUCUACACUCCAGAGCAGGUGCAGCUGUACACAGACCGCCGGUUGGGUGAUCUCCCCCCGCACGUUUUUGCCAUUGCAGACAGCUGUUUCUUCAACAUGCGCCGGAACCGCAAGGACCAAUGCUGCAUCAUAAGUGGGGAGUCUGGAGCAGGAAAAACAGAGAGCACCAAACUCAUGCUGCAGUUUUUGGCAGCUAUAAGUGGUCAGCGCUCAUGGAUCGAACAGCAGAUUCUAGAGGCCAACCCUGUUUUAGAAGCUUUUGGAAAUGCCAAAACCAUCCGCAACGACAACUCGAGCCGUUUUGGAAAAUACAUCGAGAUACACUUUACCAAAAAUGGAGCGAUAGAGGGCGCCCGCAUCGAAGAGUACCUGCUUGAGAAAUCACGUGUUUGUCGACAGGCCCUAGAUGAGAGAAACUACCACAUCUUUUACUGCAUGCUGAUGGGGAUGCCAGCUGACCAAAAGAAGAUCCUGUCUCUGGGAAGUGCUGCAGAAUAUAACUAUCUCACCAUGGGUAAUUGCACUACGUGUGAUGGGCGGGAUGACAUAAAGGAGUACGCUAACUUCCGUUCAGCAAUGAAAAUCCUGACAUUCACAGAAAAUGAAACCUGGGAAAUUAACAAGUUGUUGGCGUCUAUCCUCCACAUGGGAAACGUAGACUUUGAAGAAACCAUCACGAACAACACGGAGGCCUGUGAUAUACUCACCUCUUCUCAUUUCAACAUUGCUGCACAGUUAUUAGAGGUAGCCCCAAAUGUCCUGGAAACGAGUUUAACGCGGCGUUCUUUGAUGACUAACAGAGAGAGUGUGUCUAAGCCUCUUACCUCAGGACAAGCCAUGGAUGGAAGAGAUGCCUUUUUAAAGGCCAUUUAUGGAAGGCUUUUUGUGUGGAUUGUGGAGAAAAUCAACAGUGCCAUUUACAAGCCACCUCCCGAUGAUCCCAAACAUGUUCGACUUUCAAUCGGUUUGUUGGACAUUUUCGGAUUUGAAAACUUUCAAAACAACAGUUUUGAACAGCUCUGCAUCAACUUUGCCAAUGAACAGCUUCAGCAGUUCUUUGUGAAACAUGUCUUCAAACUUGAACAGCAGGAAUACACCCGUGAAGACAUAGUCUGGAAGGUCAUUGAUUUCAAGGACAACCAACGUACACUUGAAGUGCUGGCCUUGAAGUCUCUCAACGUUCUUUCCCUUAUUGAUGAAGAGAGUCGCUUCCCCAAGGGCACAGACAGCACCAUGCUUAACAAGAUGAACCAGGUUCAUGGGAGAGGUGAUAUUUAUAUGUCGCCCAAAAAUAAUCAUGACACAAAAUUUGGAAUCCUGCAUUUCGCUGGAGUUGUCUACUAUGAUUCCAAAGGUUUUCUUGAGAAGAACAGAGAUGCUCUGAGUAAUGAUGUCAUCCAGUUGGUGCGCACAUCAACAAAUAAGCUCCUAAAGCAAAUAUUCCGCAAAGAGCUCAGCACCGUAGCUGAUGAAAAACCGAGUAACGGCCACGUUAUCCUAAAUCGAAACUCAGUCCGGAAAACUGAAACAAAGAAGCAAGUUCCCACAUUAGCUGGUCAGUUUCGACAGUCAUUGGACUCAUUAAUGAAGACCCUAACUGCCUGUCAGCCAUUCUUCAUUCGCUGUAUUAAACCCAAUGACUUCAAGAAGCCUAUGCUCUUUGACAGGGAGCUGUGCAUUCGCCAGCUUCGUUACUCCGGCAUGAUGGAGACUAUCCGCAUAAGGAAAGCUGGCUAUCCCAUCCGCCACACUUUUGAAGAGUUUCUGGAUCGCUACCGUGUACUACUGAGGACGAGUGUUUGUGACCCGAAAAAUGAAAGCAUCAAGAAAUGCUGUGAAAACAUCUGUGAGAAUGCACUGAUCGAAGAUGACUGGAAGAUCGGCAAGACCAAAGUGUUUCUGAAGGAUUACCACGAUACAUUUUUGGAAAUGGAACGGGACAAUGCUUUGAACAGGAAGGCACUUCUUAUUCAAAAAGUCCUGAGAGGAUACAAAUACAGAAAAGGGUUCGUGAAGAGGAGAAGAGCAGCUAUGGUCAUACAGAAAAACUGGCGUGGAUUUCAAGUCAAAAGGCUUUACAGAGUGGUCCAGUUGGGUUUUGCCCGUCUGCAGGCUCAAGUGCGAUCUCGCCAGAUGGCCUGGCAGUAUAAGCAAAAGAGAAAGGCAUCUUUGCUGCUUCAGGCUCAGACCCGUGGCUACCUGAAGAGAAAGGAGUGGAAACGAAAGCGAGAGGCAGUGAUCCUACUGCAGGCUUACACGAGGGGAACUUUAGCAAGAAAGGCCGUAAAAAAGUUGCAAAGAGAUGCUUUCCUUUCGCUUCAGGAACGCAGGGCAGAAGAGCUUGCUGUUCUAGACAGACAAAGGAAGUUAGAGGAAGUCCUGCGGCAGAAAAGAGAAAGAGAGGCAGCUGAGAAGUUGGGGGCCAUCAAUGACCAGGAAAUGGUGGAUGAUAUCUUUGGCUUCUUGCCUAGCAUGGUUGGAGGACAGGAGGGCCAGGCACCUGUCGGCUUUGAGGAUUUGGAGGGUAAACGGACAGUCCUUGAGGAGGUGGACCUGGAUGAUGCUCCACUCAUGGAGAUUCCAGAAGAAGACUAUGAUGAUCUGGAUGAGUACUCCUUCUCCAAGUUUGCUUCCAUGUACUUCCAGGGUGCUGCCACAUCUACACAUAUUCGCCAAAGAAUGCGGCAGCCCCUGCUUUACCAUGAGGACGAGAAUGAUGUAGUGGCUUCACUAACAGUUUGGUGGAUGAUUCUGAGAUUUAUGGGUGAUCUUCCUGAACCAAAGAUUCAGCAGAUAUCUAGAAGUGACCAAGGCUUUGCUGACCGCUCCCUGCAGAAAGAUGUGGCCUCCAGACAGGGUAGACGUCUCAGCCAUAUGGUGGGCGUGGACCAGAGGAUAAGAAAUUCAAGAAAAACACAGAACAGCAAUGCAUCUACUAUCCCAGAAGAAGCUAUGCGCAGCAGAAGACCUUCAACUUUUGCAGACAUUCUGUCUCGAAAUAGAAGAGCAUCAAAUGUUUCAGAAGACCCUGUUAAAAACCGCAAACUCUCUGCUAUACCGGAGCAGAAAAACAGAAAAGGCUCGACUUUCACUGAUUUAACGUCCCGAACCAGAAGAUCCUCCAUACCUGCGAAGAAUCCACCAAUCAGAAGGUCUAGCAGAAAACCAUCACUCAUUGAAGAAGAGUCAGAGGAUGGGCCUGAAGUUUUCAAACCAGUGACCGUGCAAACUAUUAGCGAAGAAGAUGAAAUGAAUGCAGAUGGACUUACUCUGGACCGGCCAAUGACAUCUCUUGAAAAGCUGCAUAUCAUUGUUGGAUAUGCUAUUGUCAGACGUGACCUCAGGGAUGAAAUCUACUGCCAGAUCUGUAAGCAGCUCCAGGAGAACCCUAGUCGUGGUAGCUUCUUCCGUGGCUGGAUCCUUCUAUCCAUCUGCUUGGGCAUCUUCCCUCCUACUGAUCGCUUUAUUAAGUACCUGCAAAGUUUUCUUCGAUUUGGGCCUGUAGGAUAUGCCCCAUACUGCGCAGAGAGACUGAGGCGAACUGUUGCGAAUGGAGUUCGCGGAGAGCCUCCCAGCUGGUUAGAACUCCAGGCCACCAAGUCCAAGAAACACAUGGCCAUCUCAGUCACUCUAAUGGAUGGGAGAACCAUCAGUCUACCUGUAGAUUCUGCAUCCACUUCCAAGGAAGUCUGCCAAAUUCUUUCACAGAAGAUCAACCUUCAGGACAUGUUUGGAUUCUCACUUUACAUGGCUUUAUAUGACAAAGUGUGGUCUCUGGGUAGUGGUCGUGAGCAUGUGAUGGAUGCUAUCUCUCAGUGUGAACAGGAAGUAAAGAGAAAGGGUGGGCAAGAGCAACAUGCCCCCUGGCGUCUCUACUUCCGUAAAGAGAUCUUCACACCAUGGCAUGAUUGCAGCAAGGACGUUGUCAGCACAGACCUUAUAUACAGACAGAUCAUCAGAGGCCUCCGAUAUGGAGAGUACCUGUGUGAGAAGGAGGAAGACUAUGUUGCGCUUGCAGCAAAGCACUUUUAUGUGGAGUAUGGCUCAAACAGCAGUAUGGAGAAAGCUGAGUCUGUUGUUCGGGAGUGCAUUAACUCCAAACUACUGGAGGCAAAGUCAGAAGACAAGUGGGUCCAAAUGGUCAGCACAGCACAUGCCCAGGGUCCAUAUAUAAACUCCCGUACCAAGACUGCCAACGUCAAGGCAGAGGUGGUUGACUAUUCUCGUCAAAAGUGGCCUAUGUUCUUCUCCAAGUUUUUCGAGGCGGUCAGGUUAUCUGGUCCUGCCCUACCCAAGAACAAGUUCAUCAUCGCUAUAAACUCAACGGGAAUUACAUUCUUAGAUGAACGGGAGAAAAAUCUUCUCGUGCUGUCCUACCCUGAGAUCACUGGGGUCAACACUGUUAGAGACAGGAAGUCUUUGUGUUUUCUAACCCUGAAAGGAGACUUCACCCUAAAUGCAAUCAUGGCUGUUGACAUCUCUGAGCUGGUAGCCAUGCUCCUAACAGGCCUCAUAGAACGUUCACAUUAUGCCGUGACCCUACAGGAGGUUAACAGACCAGAUGAUCGAACAUUUCUCAGCUUUAAGAAGGCAGAGCUCAUUCUUCUUAUUAAAGAUGAUGAGUUUUCUGCUGAGCGUGGCUGGUUGAAGGGUAAGAAUGAACGAACCGGGAGAAAUGGUGCAGUUCCUGUGGACGCCGUUUUGAUUCUUCCCACUCUAACAAAGCCGACCAAUGAAGUCCUGAGCCUGAUCAGCUUGUCCCCUGAUCAAAGAAAGACCAUCAUAGAUAACAGUUUUAAGGGAACCUUAACUGAGAGAGUGGCUCCUGCAACCCUUAAAGAGUUCGCCUUUGAAUAUUUCAGGCAACCCGCCAAAGAUGUGAAUAGACAGGUGAUGACUAAAAAUGCAGGCCCUGAGAGGCUAUGGGCAAACUCCAGAGAGCCCAUCAGACAACCCCUGCUAAAGAGACUGGUGGGAAAUCCAGACUUAAGCCCUCAAGCCUGCCAGGCCUUCACUGCUAUUCUCAAAUAUAUGGGUGACUACCCCACCAGACAGAUCCAGACCCCUCUGGAACUCACAGAUCAGAUCUUUGGCCCACCUACACAGAAUGAAGCACUCAGAGAUGAGAUCUACUGCCAGAUCAUGAAACAAAUGACAAGCAAUAACAACCGGUACAGUGUAGAGCAAGGCUGGCAGCUGCUGUGGCUAUGCUGUGGUCUCUUCCCGCCCAGUAACUCUCUGAUGAAACAUGCCCAACGGUUCAUUGAGACGCGCAAAAGAGAGCCACUGGCCACUGACUGCCUCCAGAGAAUGCAGGCGUCACGGAGAAUGGAUCCCAGGAAGCUUCCACCUCACCAAGUAGAGGUAGAUGCUAUUCAGCAGAACAGCACCCAGAUCUUUCACAAAAUCUUCUUCCCUAAUGACACUCAAGAGAUUUUUGAGGUAGCGACCAACACCAGGAUAAAAGAUCUGGUCCAGGCCAUUGCCAAGAAACUCGUGUUGGUUUCAGCAGAUGGUUUCAGCCUCUUUGUGAAAACUCCAGAUAAGGUUUUGGGUUUAAAUGAAACUGACUACUUCUUUGACAGUCUGAGACAGAUUACCGACUGGUCCAAAAAAGCAAAGAGAGUGAAUCAAAGUGGUCCAGUGAACAUGUCUUACAUGGUGUUCUUUAUGAGAAAACUAUGGUUAAAUGUUGUUCCUGGACGAGAUGUGGAGGCUGAUCUCAUCUUUCAUUACCCACAGGAGUUGCCCAAGUACCUGAGAGGUUAUCAUCAUUGCACUAAAGAAGACAUGGUGCAUCUUGGUGCUCUGCUUUUCAGAGCUAGGGUGGGCAAUGAUAAAACUCAAUUUCCCAUGAUUCCAAAGAUGCUGAAGGAACUGGUGCCCAAUGACCAACUGAAAGCCAUGUCAUCCGACGAAUGGAAGAAGAACAUUAUUGCUGAAUACAACAAGCAAGCAGACAUGACAGCGGAACAGGCCAUGGUUGGCUUUUUAAAGAUUAUCUAUAAAUGGCCCACAUUUGGCUGUGCCUUUUUUGAAGUUAAACAAACAUCGGAGCCUAUUUUCCCUGACAUUGUGAGGAUUGCCAUCAGCAAACAGGGUGUCACAAUUAUCCACCCUAAAACAAAGGACAUUCUGGCAGUGCAUCCAUAUAACAAGAUAGCAAAUUGGUGCAGUGGAAGCACAUACUUCCACAUGACUGUUGGAAACCUUGUCAAAGGGAACAAAAUUUUGUGUGAAACAUCUCUGGGCUAUAAAAUGGAUGACCUGCUGACCUCCUAUGUCAACAUGUACAUUUAUACCGAGAGGAAAGAGACAAGAAGAAAUCAAUAUUUUGACUAAACAAAGUCAUUCUUUUAAAAAGAGCACACUAACACAUAUGAUAAAAAACAUUGCAGCCAAAAUAGGAGAUACCUAUUAGAAAAAGUGUUAGAGGUACAAAUAUGGCUUUGAACUGCUAUGAAUCUUUUUCACUGUAAUGUGUUUUGAUCUGCAAGAUAUACUGACCAGUACACCUGCAUUAGUACACUACAUAUAUUGUCUCUUUAAGAUGCAUUCAUAUAUAUAUUGUUGCCAAAGACUAAUUUCAGCUUGCUUGCUGGUUAAGGGAUAUUUGAUGCUAAUAAUGAAUCAGUCAUCAGUCAAGAGUCAAGUUUUCUUUUUUUGAGUUCUUAAGUAAAAUUGUCAAAUAAAUAACUAGGCAUAACUUGCAGCAUUGUAAAAUUAAAUUAUUACAGAAUGCAGGUGUCUCGAUGCUGUUUUUUUUAAAAGUUUAAGUUAUUACACUGCAUAACAAUGCACCCAUCCUGGCAUGAGGUGCUGGAAAACGGAGAUACCACAAACUUGCAAAAAAUAAUACAAAAUAAAAAUAAAUUACAUUUA